UUGGUUAUUCUCACAGUUACCAAAACUUGUGGGGUUAGUUUGAGCCCGUAGAUAGUGAGACGGUUCUCACUAAACCUGGAAACAGUAUUCGCUCAAAACGGUAAAACGUCUCGUCUGUAUGGGUGCGGCUGUGAGUCAACUACCAUUCUUCCCUUCACAUUCUUUUGGAGCAUUUAUCUUCCCAUGCCAAAUUGGUAAAGCUCAUUUGCGUUUAUCUUAAUGCUGUGAAGUAAGGUUGUUUCUGUAGCCUACUCGUUGCUGCAAGAUGACUGGAGACGUGAAGGUUGCAGAGGGCAAAGACCUGACCAGAAUUGAACGUAUCGGAGCGCACUCGCACAUCCGUGGGCUUGGUCUCGAUGAUGCCUUCGAAGCGCGCAAUGUUUCGCAGGGUAUGGUAGGCCAGAAAGUUGCCAGGCGAGCAGCGGGUGUGAUUUUGCAGUUAAUAAGAGAGGGUAAAAUCGCAGGGCGUGCAAUAUUGCUGGCAGGGCAGCCUGGCACGGGGAAGACGGCCAUAGCUAUGGGUAUGGCCAAAGCUCUAGGAGAGGAGACUCCGUUCGCAAUGAUGGCUGGCAGCGAAAUAUUUUCUCUGGAAAUGAGUAAAACCGAGGCUCUUACUCAGGCAUUCAGGAAAGCGAUUGGAGUAAGAAUUAAGGAAGAGACGGAAAUCAUUGAAGGAGAGGUCAUUGAGAUCCAAGUUGACAAGCCAGCAUCAGCAGGCGCAGCGUUGAAAUCAGGAAAAUUGACCCUUAAGACGACUGAGAUGGAGACCGUGUAUGAUUUAGGUCAAAAAAUGAUCGAGUCUAUUGGAAAGCAGAAAGUACAGCACGGGGAUGUCAUUGCCAUCGAUAAGGCGUCAGGAAAGAUAACAAAACUUGGCAGGUCUUUCGCUCGCUCACGGGAUUUUGAUGCCAUGGGACCUGCCACAAAGUUUGUUCAAUGUCCUGAUGGAGAGCUUCAGAAAAGGAAAGAGACGGUUCACGUGGUCACUUUACACGAAAUUGACGUAAUCAACAGCAGGUCCCAAGGAUUUUUGGCUCUCUUCGCUGGAGAUACGGGUGAAAUUAGAUCCGAGGUUAGAGAGCAGAUUGACGGCAAAGUUGCGGUGUGGCGGGAGGAAGGCAAAGCUGAAAUUAUACCAGGUGUUCUUUUCAUAGACGAAGUACACAUGCUUGACAUCGAAUGUUUCUCAUGGUUGAACCGGGCAUUGGAGAAUGAAAUGGCGCCUAUUUUAGUUGUCGCUACAAAUCGAGGCAUUACACGCAUCAGGGGUACAAAUUACAAGUCGCCGCACGGUAUCCCGAUCGACUUGCUGGACCGUCUGCUCAUCAUUUCAACUUCGCCCUACACUGAAGAAGAAUUAAGGAAGAUUCUGGAUAUUCGCUGUGAAGAGGAAGAUGUUGAGAUGUCUGAGGAUGCUAGGGAUCUGCUCACCAAAAUAGGGCAUGAAACCUCUCUCCGGUAUGCAAUUCACUUGAUCAAUGCUGCAUCUCUUUCUUGCCAAAGACGCAAAGGAAAGGAAGUGGAAAUAGAAGAUAUAAGCCGUGUGUAUUCUCUCUUCGUUGAUGUGAAGCGCUCGACGCAAUUCUUGAUGGAAUACCAGGAACAGUUCAUGUUCAAUGAAAUGACGCCUGAAGAAGAGCAAGAGAUGGAGGAAUAAGUUGCACCCCGAGUUGACGUUUGCCGUGAAAGCAAGCAUCCUGCAUUGCGGAAUUCUUCGCCACGCGAUGCAAAUUACCAAUACAGGAAAUUUAAUUAAGGACAGGUAUAGAUUAUUGUAGAGCUACCAUAACACAGGAAUAUAAAGACAAUCAGAAGCGUAAGUGGUCGGGUACAUAUACAGACCUCGCAGCAGCAUCAUGAACACGUAAUUUUCCAAUCAAAUGCGGUUCAUUGCAGAAAUUCCAUCGCUGCUGUGGAUAAUGAAUUAUAUAUGUUACCGGUUGUACGUACAUGGGCAAUUUUCCCACGAAAACAGAGGGGAGAGGACAAGUUCUUCUCACACACUUGAUCCACUCACACUAUUGUUGCAAA